AGAGAGAUCAGAGAAUGGGACAUGUGAUGAAAGAAAAGGUGGUGAACAUGUUGAAAGCAUAUGAAGAUGGUAUUUACGAAGAGACGGCCAAGUUUGGGGCAUAUUUCAGAUCAAAGUAUGGGAUAUCUCCGAGCAUUGCAAUAUCAGUAAUUCUGGGCUGUGUUUGCCUUUACAUGUUGGUGAAGCGUCUCAGGGGAUCAAAACAAAAGCGUGUUCUUCAUAGAUCAGGGUCAAUUGCAAGCCUUUAUGGUGGAGAUCUUGCGUUGAAGAGACUUGAUGACUAUAAUGCAGCCAUUUCCAUACCCUACGUUCUUGAACGCAGCGACCUUGUUUUGAAGGGUCUGCUUGAGGAAGAACAUCUUGACUUGAAGAAACUCCAGACCGUGACGGCAAGGCUGGAGAUGGCCGGAAAGGAAGAAGAAGGGGUGAGAUUACUGAAUGAAGCAAAAACGAAGAAUGCUCGAUUGGAGAAAUCUCAUCAUGUUUACGAGAUUGAAAUGUUACUCCUCGAAAUGCUCAUCUACAUGGGACAACUUGAUGAAGCUCAGAAAUGUGAAUGCAUAAAAUAUCAAAAAAUCAUAGCAUUUGAUGCUCGACGUCCACUUUUCAAGGCACUUAUAUAUGCAAUGCAGCAAAACGAAGAAAAGGCAAAAAGUAAUUGGGAUAAAUUUGUAGAACUGCGGCAAGAAAUCAUGACAGUGGUGGGGAAGGAACAACUUGAACCUGGCAUUAAAGAUUUCGAAGGCUUCAAAGAGAAAGUCCAACAUCUUCAAGAUGAAAUGAAAAAGAAAAAGAAAAAGCUCUUCUGAGUUUAAUUAUAAAAGCAUACCCACA